UCGUUACGACCAAGCGGCCAUUUUCCUAUCCAAGGAAAAGUGGCAGAAAGGGGGUGGCCACCGAUACAUGUUAUACUAGCUCUGUUAAGUGUAAGCAAUCCGAAUAAGUUACGUUUGAGUUUUCGUGGCCCCACCGACACACGCAUUUGUCUGUUGAUACUUUUGUCUUUUACGAAGUUGUAAAGUAUUCAGUAUGGAAGAGAAAGCAGUGGUUAAAGAACUCGACCAAUGGAUUGAACAGCUUAACGAAUGCAAGCAGUUGGCCGAGAACCAAGUCAAAACCCUAUGUGAAAAGGCAAAAGAAAUUUUGGCCAAAGAAUCAAAUGUCCAGCCAGUCAGAUGCCCUGUCACAGUAUGUGGUGAUGUCCACGGACAGUUUCAUGACCUGAUGGAACUCUUCCGCAUUGGAGGAAAAUCUCCAGAUACUAACUAUUUGUUCAUGGGAGACUAUGUUGACAGAGGUUAUUACUCCGUGGAAACAGUCACAUUACUUGUUGCCCUAAAGGUUCGGUAUCGUGAACGAAUUACCAUCCUGAGAGGGAAUCACGAGUCUCGUCAGAUCACACAAGUCUAUGGAUUUUACGACGAGUGCCUACGGAAAUACGGCAAUGCUAACGUCUGGAAGUACUUCACCGAUCUGUUUGACUAUCUUCCCCUGACAGCGCUUGUCGACAGUCAGAUCUUCUGUCUUCACGGAGGACUUUCUCCUUCUAUCGACACCCUAGAUCACAUUCGGUCUCUCGAUCGUCUUCAAGAAGUUCCUCACGAGGGCCCCAUGUGCGACCUGUUAUGGUCUGAUCCAGAUGACCGAGGUGGCUGGGGUAUUUCCCCCCGUGGAGCAGGCUACACCUUCGGCCAAGACAUUUCCGAAACUUUCAAUCACUCCAACAACCUGACUCUGGUCUCCAGGGCUCACCAACUUGUCAUGGAAGGAUACAACUGGUGUCAUGAUCGCAAUGUGGUAACGAUAUUCUCUGCACCCAACUAUUGUUACCGGUGCGGCAACCAAGCGGCCAUCAUGGAACUGGAUGAUUCAUUGAAAUACUCCUUCUUGCAGUUUGACCCGGCUCCAAGAAGAGGAGAACCUCAUGUAACCCGGCGCACGCCCGACUAUUUCCUUUAAAAGCAAAAGAA